AUGGCGGACGUCUCGAACCGGGACGAGGCGGAGAAGUGCAAGCAGGUCGCGCAGAGCGCACUUGCCGCUGGCGACGCCGAGAAGGCGCUGAGGUUCCUGCAGAAGGCCAAGCGCAUGUGCCCCGGCGACGGCUCGAUCGACGGCCUCAUCGCGAGGGCGCAGGCGGGCGGCUCCGCGGCGGGCGCGGGCGCGCCCGGGGGCUCGGCCGCCUCGGAGGGGCCGCGGCAGCGCUCCGCGGCGUCCGCGAGCAGCGCGAGGCCGCCCGCGGGAGCGGACGGCGCGCGCACGGGCAAGGACGGCGCCUACACGCCUGAGCAGAUGCAGCUCGUGCAGCGGAUCCUGAGGACCAAGGACUACUACCAGAUCCUCGAGGUCCCUGACGCUGGCGAGGAAACCGUCAAAAAGGCAUACAAGAAGCUCGCCCUGAAGCUCCACCCGGACAAGAACCGGGCGCCAGGGGCGGAGGAGGCGUUCAAGAAGUUGUCGAAGGUGGUGCAGUGCCUCUCCGACGGGGACAAGAGGGAGAUGUACAACAGGUACGGCGACGAGGACAAGAUCCCCCAGCAGCACCGCCAGCAUUAUGAGCAGAACUUCGCGACCCCAGAGGACUUCUUCGACCUCCUCUUCGGCGGCGGCAUGCAGCAGCACGCACGGCGCCAGGGAGGCGGCGUGCACCACACUCAGUUCAACUUCGGCUUUCAGGGCGGGCAGCAGCCACCUGCGAUGUUCCAGAUCGCGCUGCUGCUGGUGCUCCUGCUGUCCUUCGGCAGCAACAUGGUCAACAAUGGCUCGUCGAGCAGCCGCUUCUCCUUCUCCCGCACCGGCGACUACAACGUCGAGCACACCACCGCCACCCUGGACGUCCCCUACUACGUCACGGAGGGCUUCGAGGCGAACUACCCGGAGGGCACGCAGCAGCUCGCGGAGUUCGACCAGUCGGUCGAGGUCUACCACAUCAGGGACUUGAGGAGCGACUGCGAGUACAACAACAUGCUGACAUCCAGGCAGCGGGGCGGCAGGAAGAAAAAGGACGCCGAGGCCGCCAGGCGCGCGAACUGCCAGACCAUUAAGGAGCUCGGCCGCCGGCACCCGAAGCUCUACCAGGCAGCCCUCGGCUCCAAGAAGGUGGGCGACGGCACGGAGGUCGGCCGCUUCUCUUUCACGCACACAGGCGAGCACGACGUGCAGCGCACCACCGCAAGCCUGUCCGUGCCCUACUUCGUCGCUGAGGGUUUCGAGGCAGAGUUCGCGGAGGGCACCCAGGCGCUCGCGGACUUCGAGCAUUCGGUGGAGGUGUACCACCUGAGGUCCCUGAGGGCCGACUGCGAGCCCUGCCAGACGCUCAAGGAGAUCAGCCGGAGGCACCCGAGGUUGGAGCAGGCGGCUUUCGGGUCCAGCAAGGUGGGGAAGGACCCGUCGGCCAACCGCUACUCCCUCGCCCGCUCGGACCGGCACCACCUCGGGCGCUCCACCGCCACCCUCGGCGUGCCCUACUUCGUCGCCAAGGGGUUCGAGGAUAGCUACGGGGAGGGUACACGUGCGCUCGCGGACCUAGAGCACCGGGUGGAGGUCCAGUACCUUAGGGGCCUGAAGGGCGACUGCGACCCUUGCCAGGAGCUUCGGGAGAUCAACCAGAGGCACCCCAGGCUCUACCAGGCGGCGUUGUACUCCCGCUGA